GGGGGGGGGGGUUACUGAGUGGCACGGCGCUGAGUGCGGAGGGGACGGGGAUUGUGGUUUUUGGCGCGGAACCGGAGUUUGAGGGCGCGGAUGACUGUAAGAGGGGUCUUGCGGCCGGAAAACGGAUCGAGGCGGUCAAAUCAUUAACGGUGGCUGAUGGAUUAAGGACACCCGUGGGAGCGUGGCCGUGGAAGGUGAUCAGUGAUAAGAAGCUGGUGAGGGGAGUGUAUAGUGUUACUGAGGAGCAAAUCAAGGCUACGCUGCGCUUGGUGCUGGAGAGGAUGAAGGUGGUUGUUGAGCCGAGUUCGGUGGUGGGGUUGGCGGUUGCGUUGUGGAAUGAGGAUUUCAGGAGUGUCGUUGAGGCGGAGCAGGGACGGGAGGAGUGGGAUUUGGGUGUUGUAUUUACGGGUGGUAAUGUGAAUCUUGAGGGAUUGGGGAAGUUAUUUGAGGCGAAGUAAGGGGAGAGAAGUGUAUCUCAUCUAUUUGUAUUUGGGGAUUGAGAACAACUCUGUGGCUCAUAUUACAACAAUAUCACAUAUUUAUGCCCUAUAUACCAGGCAUACAUGCCCCUCACUACCACUCUACGCGAACGCGUACACAAAUCCCACCCAACCCAGCAUCGCGUCAACCGUGUAUUUGUCGCCUCUUCAUUAUCUGCCUCUUCAGCCCCUUCACUCCUGCACGUACCUCGCCAGCAACAAACGACACGACCACAAAUCAUGUCCACCGAUCUUGCAGUAUCGAAGAUUACACCCGGAGUUCUGGAUGCAAUCUUCAACGACCCCGAACGACGCGCCACAGACUUCCCAGUGCCAGUAUGCCAGUGCGUCCAGAUCAAGCCUCUGGCAUCCCAAGGAAAUGGAGCAGAGAGAUAUAGGGUGGUCCUCAGCGAUACCAAGAACUUCGUACAGAGCAUGCUCGCCACAGGGGCCAACCACUUUAUACACGACCAGAAGCUGAAGAAGGGUUCGCUGGUGCGCCUGAAGCAAUUCCAGGCAAAUGCCCUCAAGGGCAAGCGGAUCUUGGUGAUCAUGGACAUAGACGUUUUGGCCGAGUUUGGCGAGCCGGACAAGAUCGGAGACCCCCAGGCGCUGAAGGUGAAGGACGAGGAGGAAGAUGUGAAACCUGCCCCAGGCGCCGUAUCAGGCGCUGGGUUUUACGGAAACAAGCCCGCUCAACAACCAGCACAGCAAUCGCUCCCAUCCCGGACCGGUCCUUCGAGCUCUGCCGGACAAGGGAACAUAUACCCAAUCGAGACGUUAUCACCAUACGCACAUAAAUGGACCAUCAAAGCUAGAGUAUCAAACAAAUCGGAGAUCAGGACGUGGCACAAACAGAGCGGCGAAGGGAAGUUGUUCAGUGUCAACCUGCUGGACGAAAGCGGCGAGAUCAAGGCUACGGGAUUCAACGAGCAAUGUGACCAGUUAUACGACUUAUUCCAAGAGGGUUCUGUGUAUUACAUCUCGUCGCCAUGUCGGGUUCAGCUUGCAAAGAAACAGUUCACAAAUCUCCCAAACGACUACGAGUUAACCUUUGAUCGGGAGACUAAGGUUGAAAAGGCCGAGGAUCAAGAGAACGUCCCGCAAGUCCGGUUCAACUUCACAGACAUCGCAAGUCUACAAACGGUAGAGAAAGACACGACGAUCGACGUCAUUGGAGUGCUCAAGGAGGUCGCCGAUGUCACCCAAAUCGUGUCAAAAUCUACCAGCAAACCAUACGACAAGCGUGAGCUAACUCUCGUUGACGACAGUGACUUCUCUGUUCGUUUGACCAUAUGGGGAAAGACUGCGGUGUCUUUUGAUGCUCAACCCGAAUCGAUUGUUGCGUUUAAAGGAGCCAAGGUCUCGGAUUUUGGUGGGAGGAGCUUGAGCUUGCUUUCAUCCGGCUCUAUGACCGUUGACCCUGACAUACAAGAGGCUCACAAACUUCGGGGCUGGUACGAUACUCACGGACGCAGUAACACAUUUGCGUCUCAUUCUGGAAUGGCGAGUGCUGGAGCUGCAGGAGGCCGCCAGGAUCCCGUCAUGACCGUUGCCAAGGUUUACGAGGACAGCCUGGGUAUGUCAGAGUCGACUGACUACUUCUCUACCAAGGCAACGAUCGUCUAUAUCAAGCAGGAGAAUUUUGCCUAUCCUGCUUGCUUAAGUGAGGGAUGCAACAAGAAGGUUACAGACAUGGGCGAUGGCACAUGGCGCUGCGAAAAGUGUGAUAUUACACACCCCAAGCCCGAGUACAGAUAUAUCAUGUCUCUCAACGUCAAUGAUCACACUGGCCAGCUCUGGCUGAGCUGUUUUGACGAUGUUGGACGGCUGAUUAUGGGCAUGUCUGCCGACCAGCUGAUGGCUCUGAAGGAUAGCGAGGACCCAGCUGCUGGGCGGGCAUUCGAGGAGGCUAACUGCAAGACUAUGUUGUUUAAGUGCCGCGCCAAGAUGGACAGUUUCCAGGACCAACAACGAGUACGUUAUCAGGUCACCGCCGCAAGUCCCGUGAACUACUCACAGGAAGCACAGAAGCUGGCCGAACUGAUUAAAUUGUACAACAUCUGAUUAUUACGAGCGUCAAAUAGUCUGAGCUCUCAUGUAUUGUCGAGUUCAGGCUGCAAACAGCAGCUAAGGGGGGUUGCUAUGGUCUGGACGGGGAAUAUCUAUCUCACUGUAACGAAAAUGAGUCGUAUAG